UCCCAUUUGGAGCACGGAGCUCGAGCAGCAACCCCACGUCCCCACCCACGCACAACAACCAGCCACCCACCGCUCGCCAACAACCUCCUCAGACAGAGGCCGGAAGCUAAGGCGCAAACCGUGCAAGCAAGAGAAGUCUUCGAUUCCUCGUCGCAUCGAGCAAGAGAGAUGGAGAAGGCAGGGCAUGAGCAUGUGAUCGGCAUCCCAGUGAGCAACAGGGCGUUCGGAAUUGAGGAGCCGGACUUCCCGAGGGAAGGGGCUGCCUACCACGGCGACGCGAAGAACCCAAUCACAGCGGGGCGUGCUGGGAAAUUGGGCAGGACCGGAGACAGGGUUGCCCAAGGCCUGAAAGAACAUGUGACUCUCGGGCCAAAACUGUACGAGACCGUGAAGGGCAAGCUGUCGCUGGGCGCAAGAAUCCUCCAGGCAGGUGGCGUGGAGAAGGUCUUCCGCCGGUGGUUCCUCGUCGAGAAGGGCGAGAAGCUCCUCAAGGCCUCGCAGUGCUACCUGUCCACCACCGCCGGCCCGAUCGCCGGCAUGCUCUUCGUAUCGACGGAAAAGAUCGCCUUCCGGAGCGACCGGUCGCUGGCGCUGACCUCCCCUAAGGGCGACACGGUGCGGGUGCCGUACAAGGUCGCCAUCCCGCUGAGGAGGGUCAAGACGGCGAAGCCGAGUGAGAACAAGCACCGGCCGGAGCAGAAGUACGUGCAGGUGGUGACGGACGACGGCUUCGAGUUCUGGUUCAUGGGGUUCGUCAGCUACCAGGUGUCCCUGCAGCAACUGGAGAAGGCCAUCGCGCAGUCGCAGUGAUCUGAAACGUUGUGUCCGUCAGUUCGAUCGGUCGGGCGUUGUGUUCGCAGUCGGGUUAAACUGUUGUGCAUAUGUAGCAGGCUUUCAAUUUCUUGGUGGAUUGCUUGGAGUUUUUGGAAUUGGAGCAAGUCCGGUAUACUCGAUAGGAGCAAAUUUAGGUUAAGAAUUUGUGAUGUUCGGUAAUUCUGCUAUGGCGCCACGGCAAAAGCGGCUCAUAUGCGAUUUACGUAUGGAAUGAAAAAAAAUCGAAAUGUUUGUGCAA